CCGGCUGCAGGGUGCCUCCUGCCACGGGCUCUGCCGCUGCUCCGGCCCCGCACCCGGCUCGCGUUCCCCUCCUGGAGAGGCGCCGAUCGCAGCGCCCCGGCGCCGGGGAGGAAGCGGCAGGUUCCCCGCUUUGCACGGCGCCGAGUCCCCGGAGGAGCUGGGCGAGGCGGGCAGCCCCGGGGACUUCUCGCCGCGCGGCCGGGAGCAGGGGACCGGCCGCUGGAAGUUGCCGGGAGUGGCUCGGAGCUGGUGGCUUCCCCAGCACUUGCAGCGCAGUGGAUCUGACUCCCUUAAGUCACUCUGGUUCCUGGCUGAAACUUUGACAAUAUGGACAAGUCACCUUAAAGGGUGCUCCCACGGCCUGAUGGAUUUCUGAUAGCGUGCUACUGAAGAGCUGGAAAGAGCAUGGUUAAACACCAACCACUACAGUACUACGAGCCGCAGUUGUGUUUGUCAUGCCUGACUGGGAUCUAUGGCUGCCGUUGGAAACGGUACCAGCGGUCACAUGAUGACACCACAAAGUGGGAGCGCCUCUGGUUCAUAAUCCUCACCUUCGCUUUCUUCCUGACGCUGGUCUGGUUUUAUUUCUGGUGGGAAGUUCACAAUGACUACAAUGAAAUCAACUGGUAUUUAUAUAACCGAAUGGGAUAUUGGAGUGACUGGUCCAUUCCAAUACUUAUAACAGCUGCUGCUGGCUUUCUUUAUAUCACAGCGUUAUUGAUUUUAGCACUAUGUCACAUCGCUGUGGGACAGCAAAUGAACUUACACUGGCUCCACAAGAUCGGCCUGAUGGCGACCUUGGUAGUUACUGUAGUAACUAUGUCUUCUAUAGCACAACUUUGGGACGAUGAGUGGGAGAUGGUAGUUAUUUCAAUGCAGGCCACAGCUCCCUUUCUGCACAUAGGAGCCCUGGCUGCAGUCACGGCCCUGUCUUGGUUGAUAGCUGGGCAAUUUGCAAGAACGGAAAAAGCCACUUCACAGAUGUUGAUAUUCACUGCAUACUUUGCCGUCGUAGCUGCACUUUACCUCGUUCCCCUCACUGUCUCCUCCCCUUGUAUAAUGGAGAAGAAGAAUCUGGGACCAAAACCUGCCAUCAUUGGCCAUCGUGGUGCGCCAAUGCUGGCGCCAGAAAACACUCUGAUGUCCUUCCAAAAAGCAGUGGAGCAGAAAACAUACGGAGUGCAAGCUGACGUCGUGAUAAGCUAUGAUGGGGUUCCGUUUCUUAUGCAUGAUGAGACGCUCAGGAGGACAACUAACGUGGAGGAUGUGUUUCCAGAGCUGGCUUACGAGCAUUCUUACAUGUUCAACUGGACUGACCUGGAGAGGCUUAAUGCUGGAGAAUGGUUCCUAAAGAGUGACCCCUUCUGGACUGCUGGCUCCCUCUCAGAUUCAGAUUAUCUGGAAGCAGCAAACCAAUCAGUCUGUAAGCUGGCUGAUAUGUUGCAGAUUGCCAAGGACAACACGUCAGUGAUCUUGAACUUUCAGGACCUGCCUCGAGAUCAUCCGUACUACAGCACUUACAUCAACAUUACCCUGCAGACCAUUCUGGAGUCAGGGAUCCAGCAGCAGGCUGUGAUGUGGCUGCCCAACACGGAGCGGCAGCUGGUGAGGCAAAUUGCACCAGGUUUCCAGCAGACUUCUGACAUCAAAGCAGAUGCGGAGCGCUUGAGAGACAAAGGCAUCAAACAGCUGAACCUGCGGUACACUAAGGUCACCAGUGAGGACAUCAGGGAAUACACCGCCGCGAACCUAAGCGUUAAUCUCUACGUUGUGAAUGAGCCAUGGCUGUUCUCUAUCCUGUGGUGUGCUGGCGUUCAAUCUGUCACGUCUGAUAGCUCACAAAUCCUUAGCAAGGUGCCUUUUCCCGUUUGGCUAAUGCCUCCAGAUGAGUACAAUCUAAUCUGGAUAACAGCUGAUCUCAUUUCAUUUACCAUAAUUGUAGGAGUUUUUAUAUUCCAGAACUAUCACAUGAUCAGAUGGCGUCUGGGAAGCAUAAGGACCUACAACCCGGAGCAAAUCAUGCUCAGUGCUGCUGUCCGCAAGUCCAGCAGGGACGUCAAAAUCAUGAAGGAGAAAUUGAUCUUUUCAGAAAUAAACAACGGCGUGGAGAAUGCAGAUGAGCUGUCGUUAUGUUCUGAAAACGGUUACUCUAACGAGGGUGUCGCCCCCAUGGAUCAUCGAGACAUGAAGCUACGCAUGGACUGAGGAAUUAAAGGCCCGUGGCAUGACCCCCUCCCCCCCGCAGUGCUCCCGUCUGCAGUGGGUGGUAUUCACGCUGUCUAGGAUGGGGGAAACGCUCUGUGGAACUACGGAGCAUGCAGAGACCCCUUCUAUUGCUCUGGUUGCUGGCUUCCGACAUGCUCUGGACAGUGAGGCUGGGGCCGCUUCUUGUAAAUAUGUAGAAAGUCCUUUUUUUGUCUCUCUUUCGUCUAUUUUGGGGGGUUGUAUGUAUUUCUUCCAGGACACGAGCGGGACUAACUUGUGCAUUGAAACAGGAACAUUUUGGCCGAAUCUGAUGAAAUAUUGAGGUAACAUCUUGGACACUGGGGGAGACAGGCGGGGCAUGGACCUGAUCUUCCCCUUGGUGCAGUAAUUGUUAGCGGAACUUGUCUAAAAACCUGUGUUGUGAA